CCGGCUCCGGGAGGGGCUGGGAGAGGCGGGACCCUGACCGCAGCAGGCGACCCUCCCGAGCCCCGGCGCCAGUUCGAAUCCCCGUGUUUCCCGCGGAUAUUCCUUCCGCACCGCAGUCUCCGGGCGGAGGAGGCCGGGACCCCGCGCUUCUGUGCGCCGGCGGCGCUCGGCUAUUUACUCUGCACUAGUUUGGACAUGAAUCAAAGCAGCGAUGGAUGUGUGAAAAAGGUUAGCAGUGUGAAUCUUGACAAACUUAUAAAUGACUUCUCACAGAUAGAAAAGAAAAUGGUAGAAACUGCUGGAAGGAACAACAUACUGAAUAUGCAGUUGGAAAAAGCUAACUGUUUAUUAAAAGGAAUGCAAACAAAUGAGGCCUCACUUAAAGAAGAAUGUGCUACUCUUCAUAAUAUGGUAAAAGGGCUACAACAGACCAUCGAAUAUCAACAUAAUUUGAAAGGUAAAAAUGAACAACUGAAAAGAAAUGCUGAUCUUAUGAUAGAAAAGUUAAAAUCUCAUGAACAGGAAUAUAAGAAUAGCAUUGCCAAACUUAUAAGUGAAAUGAAAAUCAAAGAGGAAGGACAUAAGACAGAAUUAAGGAAACUUUGUCAGGAUAUGCAGAAAAAAGUCGAAUUAAACGAAGAAAAGAAUAAAGAACUGGUAAAGAAAAUGGAGAUGGAAAUUUCAGAUUUAAAUGCAAAGUUAAGAAUUCAAGAGAAGGAAAAACAAACUGAAAUAAUCAAACUACAGCUAGAGUUUGAUGCCAAACUAGCAAGAGUUCAAACUAAACCAAAAUCAUAUCCAGAUUCUACUGUUUUGCCACAGAGUAUCUACAGAAGGAAGCUUCAACAUCUUCAAGAAGAAAAAAACAAGGAGAUUGCAGCUCUUCGAAACACCAUUCGAGACCUGGAGCAGCGCCUCUCCGCUGGCAAGGAUCCUCACCUUAAACGUAGACGGUUUUAAGGCCAGCAGUUAAUUCAUUUGUUGCUAUUUAACUUCUUUAAAAGCCGUUGGAAAUUUUACUUCUGUUGUCAAUAUAAUAAACUGCUUAAAUAAUAACAAUGAAAGAGACAGCUUUAAACAUUUUAAAUUGAGUUUAUUGAAAUAAAUCCACACUUUGGCCAACUGUACACUGCCUUCUUACUUAAUAGUAUUAACCAUAACGGAGUUCAGGCUCAUAGGAUUGAGUUUACCUAGUGAGCCAUCAUUGACUAUGGAAAUACUUACUCAGCAAUCAAGAGAUAGACAACAUUCUUUUCUCUUUCCCCUUAUAUCUUUCAAGACAGGCAUUCUCAAAUCUUAAAGAGUUGAUACAAUGCAAAGUAAAGAAAACAAUAGAUAAAGCCUUCUUUCAUAGGUGAUAAUAAAAUUUAAGAUUUGAGUCUUAGAUAUAAAAAAGUAUAAAUGGAUAUUUAAAAUGUAGUCAGUAGCAAGGUACUCAUAGGUUAAGUAGCAAGAAUUCACUUCUUCCUUUAAAGGUAUAAUCAGUUAAAACUGUAAGAUUGAAAAGACAAAGGUAACAUUGUUUUGAGAAUUAAGAAAAAAAAUGGAAAGCAUGUCUUUGUUGUUCUUCCUCCAUUCUAAAUUGCUAACUAUCCAACAGAAACCCCUAGGUCAUAGUUUAUGUUCCUGUUCUCAUUAAUGCAAGUAGAAUGCUGGAAAAAGAAAAAGCAAGACAGACUAACCAAGCGCUGCAAUCACCUUUCAGUGGCCCUCUAAUGAAAAAAAAAAAUUGGUUUGGGUCAAAUUUUUCUGUGGCAUAAAUCUUAAAAUUUGGAAGCCAAUAUCAUAGAUUUCUUCAUGUUUGCACAAAUCCAAUUCCUUUUAUCAUUAUUUAUUAAGUACUCUAUAAAUAUGCUAAGUGAAAUUGUGUCUAGACUGACUUGGGAGUAUAUCCUAGUUUAGAUAUUUAGUUUGAAGGUCACUGUCACAUUUCUGCCUCAG